UUUAUUGUGAAAGGCUGGCAGAGCGGAAGUGGUCCGUUAGCUUCCGGGUCUCAGUGUGUGUGUGUUCAGGUGAGAAGAUGUUACCUUUAUCUGUUAAAGACGACGAGUACAAACCCGCCAAGUUCAACCUGCUGCUGAAGCUCUCAGGAUGGUUCAGGGCGAUCCUCGCGGAUAAGACGUCCCGGAACCUGUUCUUCUUCCUCCUCCUCAACCUCUCCUUCGCCUUCGUGGAGCUCAGCUACGGAGUCUGGAGCAACAGUUUAGGUCUGAUCUCAGACUCCUUCCACAUGUUCUUUGACUGCACCGCUCUCCUGGCAGGUCUGGCAGCCUCCGUCAUCUCCAGGUGGAGAUCCAACGACAGCUUCUCCUACGGGUAUGUCAGAGCAGAAGUUCUGGCCGGCUUCGUCAACGGACUCUUCCUCAUCUUCACAGCGUUCUUCAUCUUCUCUGAGGGAGUCGAGAGAGCUCUGGAGCCUCCUGACGUUCACCACGACCGGCUCCUUCCCGUCUCUAUAGCCGGUCUGCUGGUCAACCUGGUCGGGAUCUUUGUGUUCCAGCACGGAGGCCACGGACACUCUCAUGGAGAGGAAGGUCACGGUCACAGCCACUCUCUGUUUAACGGCAGUGUGAAUCACGGAGGACACGGAGGACACGACCACCAGAACAAACACGGACACAGUCAUGAUGGACAUGACGGUCAUGGACACAGUCACGGAGGACACGGAGGACACGGUGGACACGGACACAGCCACGGCGGCCAUGAUGAGCCGCACCAUCACGACGAGCUGCUGCACACUCCGGGGAAAGGUUCCAGCAAGCAGAUCCUGCAGGGAGUCCUGCUACACAUCAUCGCUGACACUCUUGGCAGUGUCGGCGUGAUCAUCUCCGCUCUGCUGAUGCAGAGAUACGACCUGAUGAUCGCCGACCCCAUCUGCUCCAUGCUGAUCGCCCUCCUCAUCGGAGUCAGCGUGGUGCCGUUACUGCGAGAGUCCAUCGGGAUCCUGAUGCAGCGAACGCCUCCGUCACUGGACCUCGCCCUGCCCGAGUGUUACCAGAGGGUGCAGCAGCUGCAGGGAGUUUACAACCUGCAGGAGCCUCACUUCUGGACUCUGUGUACGGACGUUUACAUCGGAACAUUAAAGCUGCUGGUGGCCCCCGACGCCGACCCCCGCUGGAUCCUCAGCCAGACGCACCACAUCUUCACACAGGUACCUGAACGCAUCACACCUUCACACAUCACAUCUUCACACGGGUACCUGAACGCACCGCAUCUUCACACUGGUACCUGAACGCACCGCAUCUUC